ACUCAAAUAAAGUUUACAUUGUAGACAACACGCCAGUUAUUUCUAUAAUUUGCUGACAAUUGAAGUAAAAAAAAUAUAAUUUAAAGUUCUGGGACAACAUGGCAGACCAAUUGAGAGGGCGAGGAAGGGGCUUGGCCCUUCUCCAAGCAUUGAAGAAGACGCAAGCUCAGAGUUCAGGGGAGCCUACUCCAGAUGAUUCUCCAGAAAGUAGCGCAUCACCUAGUGUAGCUCCAAGUGUAGCUCCGAGUAUGAUGAGUGCCUUGACCUCAACUGCUGUGAGUUCCAGUGUUCCAUCGACAACUUCCCUAGGUGGCAGAGGAAAAAUUGCAGCUAUGCUUCUUGCAAAGGCACAGCAAAAGCCAGGAGCAGAGCCAGUCUUUGCACCAGCGUCUGACGUCAGUGCAUCAGUUCCAAAAGGAGCUGGCAGAGGUCUAAAGCUGUUACAAUCUCUUCAUGCUACAAAAGCUGCCGGUGAUUUUGGAAAGACCGAAGAAGCGGUGCAACAGGUGACCGAAAAAAUGGCUGAAACAUAUGUCUCUCAACCACCAGUACAGAGCGAAGGGAAACAAAGGAAAGUAUAUCGCGAAGUUAAAGACACGCCGCCAGUCGUAAAGAAAGGUACAAGUGGCACACCUGUAGAUGUUACAUGCAACUACAUAUACUUAAAUUUUCAAGAGAACAGUGUCUUCGAGUAUGAAGUAAGGUACACUCCCGACCAGGACUACAAGAACUUGAGGUUUAAACUUCUAGCUGAACAUCGUCAAUACUUUAAAGAAAAAACUUUUGAUGGGACCACACUUUAUGUACCACACAAACUGCCUGAUGAAGCACUCGACUUGACUUCCACCAACCCAUUUGACAACAGCAAAGUCAAAAUAAAUAUAAUAUUCCGUAGAACACGCAAACUGAGCGAGAUGAUACAUAUAUACAAUGUUAUAUUCAAAUGUAUCAUGAAAGACUUGCAGUUGGUCAGAUUUGGUCGCGAUCAUUUUAAUGAAAAGGCUGCUGUUCAAAUACCGCAGCACCGAUUGGAGGUUUGGCCUGGUUACGUGACAGCAGUCGACGAGUACGAAGGAGGUUUAAUGUUGACAUUAGACUCCACGCACCGAGUACUGCGUACACAGACUGUACUGUCGUUUAUAAAGGAGGUUGUGCAGGCUGAAGGCGCUGGUUGGAAGAAGGCGAUGGCAGAACGACUUGUUGGAUGUUCAGUUAUGACUACGUAUAAUAAGAAGCUGUUUAGAGUUGACAGUAUCGACGAUACAAUGUCACCUAAAUCUACAUUCGAGAAAGUGGAAGAUGGGAAACCAGUUAAGAUUAGCUUCAUUGACUAUUAUAAGAAAAACUAUGGUAUAGAUAUUAAGGACUGGGACCAACCUUUGCUUAUAUCUAGAGACUCCAAACGCCUACCUGGGUCAGAAAAACCAACAGAUUUCAUGAUAUGUUUAAUCCCUGAAUUAUGUCAGUUGACCGGUCUUACGGAUGAUCAACGAAGCAACUUCAGAUUGAUGAAAGACGUCGCUACGUACACCAGAAUUACGCCUAACCAACGUCAUUCUGCGUUUAAAAAGUACAUAGAAACAGUACUCAAGAACGAAACAGCAAAAAGCCGUCUCUCAGGCUGGGGGCUUAGUAUAGCACCGGAGACAGUCAAUCUAACUGCUCGUACAUUAUUACCCGAAACGAUUUACUUCGGUAACAAUGUGAAGGUUCCUGGUAAACCCAAUGCUGACUGGAAUGGUGAUAUAACUAGGAAUCAUGUGAUGCAAGCAGUUGAUAUCAUGAAGUGGGUACUGCUUUACACUGAUAGAGAUAAACAAGCUGCUAAGGAUUUCGUGGACACUGUAAAGCGUUCCUGUCGUCCAAUGGGCAUCAAUGUCUCCGACCCUGAAAUGAUUCGUUUGCCGAACGACCGCACUGACUCGUACGUGACAGCCCUGAAGAAACUGAUAACGCCCCAUCUACAAAUCAUUGUAGUUAUAUGCCCGUCGGCUAGGGAUGACAGAUACAGUGCUAUUAAGAAAAUAUGCUGUGCAGAUAAUCCUGUUCCUUCGCAGGUGAUAAACGCUCGCACAUUGAUGAACCAGAACAAGAUUCGUUCCAUAACUCAAAAGAUAUUGCUUCAAAUGAACUGUAAGCUUGGCGGUACUCUGUGGAACAUAUCCAUACCUUUCAAGACGGCGAUGGUCAUCGGAAUCGAUUCGCAUCAUGAUGCAACGCGGAAGAAGCAGAGCGUUUGUGCUUUCGUUGCAUCAUACAAUCAGUCGAUGACACACUGGUAUUCGCGGGUUAUGUUCCAAGCGAGGGGUCAAGAAAUAGUGGAUAGUUUAAAGGAAUGUCUUGUUGAGGCUCUCAAACACUACCUCAAGGUUAAUGCGACGUUCCCUGACAGAAUUAUUAUAUACAGGGACGGCGUUGGCGACGGCGAAAUGAAAGUGGUCCAGCAAUACGAGAUACCUCAAAUGCAGAUCAGCAUGGCGUUAUUAAACAAGGAGUACAAACCCUCACUCACAUACAUUGUGGUACAGAAACGUAUUAACACGAGGAUAUUUAUGAAGGCUGGUGGCGGACUUGAAAACCCGAAUCCAGGGACUGUCGUUGAUUAUGGGAUUACUAGACGUGAUUGGUACGACUUUUUAAUAGUAUCGCAGAAAGUCAACCAAGGUACCGUAACUCCUACUCAUUACGUAGUAGUACACGAUUCUAGCGACAUGACUCCGGACCAGUGCCAAAGGAUAACAUAUAAGCUCUGCCACUUGUACUAUAACUGGCCUGGCACAGUAAGAGUGCCAGCACCCUGCCAAUACGCCCACAAACUGGCAUACUUAGUUGGCCAGAAUAUGCACCAACAACCUGCUGAAGUGUUAGCGGACAAAUUGUUCUUCUUGUAAAUUGUAUUUUUAGUAUGUAAUGUGAUUCUAUUUUUUUAUGUAGUGUAAUGUAAGUCAUACUUGCUAGUAUGUGGCGUAUUGGCCAAGGCUUGGCCAAUAAUUAGGCAAUGUAAGUGAUAUUAGUAUGUGGCCAACAAUUGGCCAAGGGUUGGCCAAUUAUUAGGCUCACUUUGGUACUUAAUUUCACUUUCUUACUCUGAAAAUUAAUAGCUCCAGUUUAUUGAAGAUUGAAAAAACAACUGAUUUAUUAUGAAUAAUAACUAUUGAUAAUGUUGUUGCCAAGGUGUUAAGUGGCAGAACAACACUGCAUUGACCUUUUAUUAAAUAAUGUUUAAGAAUAAGCCUAUUGAUCUGAACGUGGCCAAUAUCCGACCAUUACUUGUGUAAGGUCGUAAAUAUAUGUCUGUGACAAUUAGUUUUAGAAAAAGUUUAUUACAAGAUUGUUGAAUUGAAUUGACAAUAGACUUUUUUUGUUCGGUAUAAAUCAGUGAUUUUACGACUUUUAGUCGUUUAAGACGAAACUUGAUUCAUUCUUUUCUUGUUAUAUCAUAGUUGAUUUUUGAUUUGAAAAUACAGUAGCUUCUAAAUAUUGAUUUGCUCUCUUUAGAAAUGUGAACAAAAAUAUUAGUUACUAUAAAUACAUUUCCUUUUACAAUUGCUUUGUAAAGUAUUAUCAAACUGAUGCGAAUUUAUUAUAUAUUAGUAAUAUAAUUAUUAAUAUUCGUGUAUUCUUUCUUGGUAACGUCUCAAAUGUACGAAACUGGAUGAAUGCUAUUAAGAAAAUGCUCAGUAGUCAGUACUAUAUGUCCUUCGAUCGUAACUAGUUAUUUUCUUUACCCGAAAACUGAAAUUUCAUGUGCCUGUAUGUCGAAUCUCAUGUUUGUAUGGCGAUAGUUGCUGCCAUAGCAACGAUAUAUAGAAAUAAUAGAUAGUUGAGUACUAACAUUGCUUCAGAGACUUACAUCGUUUUGACAGUGAUAAGUCCUACGUUUCUGUAUAUGCGAAAUGCUACUGAAAUUCGAGACUACUGCCUCCGAUAACUUCGAUUUCAAUUUAGUUAUAAGUACUGGUUCGCUUCUCCCCACCUCAUUGUUAAAAAUUGGCCAUAAUAAACCAAAUAAUAAGUGUUAAUUAUAAAAUUAUUGGCGUCUAGUCCUCAAUAACGUUGUUGUGUUACCUACUUUUAAAAGCUGCUCAGUUUUAGGAUUAAGCCUAAAGUUAGUUAACUCUGUCAAUUAUUGGUUGAAUAGGUAGAUAAGGAAAUAUCUUAGUA